AUGUCUGGAUCUAUUGUUGGCAGUGACCUGCGGGGACCUGGCACUGGUGCCAAACGAGUCUAUAACCAGAAGGCGAAAUGGGCGUACGGUGGUCGAGCUGCCUUGCCUCAUCGCGAGGUGUCUGAAUACUUCCCGGUAACCCGUCCUGCAGUACCCUCUACUCAUUACAUGAACUUUCAUCGCUCCCUUCAACUCAGUCGGAAGGCGAAGACGAAGCAGCUUGUCACUGAUGCCAAGAUCUCCCUACGGAACGACAUCCGGGAGGCACUCGACAGCGCAUCGGACUCUUCCGCCGGCGAAGAUGUCGAUGAACCCACAUCGGCGCCGAAUGUCACGGAGGAGCGUGAAGGCGAUACGGGCGGUGCAGUUGAACCAUAUGAUGUAGCCGGACAAAUGAUCCUCUCUGAUGCCGUUAAGAAGGCCGUCGAGAGGUUCGAGACGCAGGAGACAGAGAAACUCGUCAAGGAAUACGAGAUGGUGUCACACGAGCAUGAGCCUGCCCCAGGCUAUUUGGCCGAUGACGAUUACGAGUUGGUUGAUCAUGUUCGACUAUGA